ACUUCUCCUCUGCUGCCCAAGCGCUAUCGUGCAGGGAUAGCUGCCGUCUUCAGUCAAACCAAAGCAGGCUCUUCAAAGAGAAGGCUGACUCUAGACAGGUGGUAUAUACAUGAUAGUAGAGUAACUGGCCAACUGCUUCUUGUGCUUUAUACUUUUCUGAUUUAUUUUCUUUUGAUUGUGCAUUUUGACUGGUGGAUGUUUUUUAUCACCUUGAUUCAUUGUAGUUCUGAAAGAUUUGAUUUCUUCUUUUUUUUUGUUUGGUUUUCUUUUUAAACGUUUUCUUUCUAUAACUAUUAAAAUGAUGUAUUCUUUAAAUGAGGAAUUAAAAUUAAGGUGGGAUUUAAGUCUUAAAAGGGACGAAUUAAAGCUGAAGACUUAAUUUGCAUUUGUAAGCAAGUUAGGAAAUAGAAAACGUUUCGGUACUUGUGUAAAGCUUGGAGUCAAAUGUAACACUUAAGAGAAACUUGCCAGUACCACUGCAUGAAGUACUGGAAUGUGAGUUCCAGGCUACUCCUGACCAGUUUGCUGCUUGUUGUGAGAGGAGGGGUGGGUGAGGAGGAGGGAGGAAAUGGCACUCGUUGAGAAAUUUGUUCAGAUGUGAAAAGAAUUCUAUUUGUGUGCUGAUAUUUGUUGCUUCCACUGCCUGAAAAGUGGUGGCUAUCCAGUAUAAUGAUUUAAAAUGUGCUUUAUUUGCAACUUUACCUUUUACUUCAAGUACUGUGUGACAAGGAUUCAUGUCCUCACGUGUCUGAUUCUGAGCCCACAGGGAAGAUAACAACAGAGGCCAAACUUGGAAGCAGGCUUGGUUUUCAAUUUGGCAAAUUAGAGAGAAAACCCCCAAAAUACCCAAAUCCAAAAGCUGUGUGACUUCCAGAUGUUUGAAGUUCCACUUUUCUUUAUCGCUGCUUUUGCCAAAGGUUUGUGCUCUCUUUAUAGUGGGAUGAGAAAAGAUGGGUUUGGAAGCUCAUUCCUUCCCAGAAAGAUGAGCUGGGCUAGCAGUAUGAACAGGAAUGGAAGGCAGUUGGGGCAGGUGGGAGCUUGAGACUCUUGGGAUUCAAGUGUUUGUUGUCAGUCCUUCAUCAGCUGGACUGUGGUCUCUGGUUUAGAUGUCUUGGGGGUGAGUGAAUCCUUGUAUACUGGGUACCCACGUGGUUAACAAACCACUGCCAAAAAGCAGCAUUUUGAGGACUUCCAGUUUGGUUUUUUAGCUUUUCCCCAUCUGAUACUUUGCCAUGUGCUCAAAAAAAAACAAACCUAAAACCUUUUGAAGCACAUCAGCUUCAGAGGAAGUUACUUUGUGUAUUUAAGAUGUAGAAGAAUAAUGCUGAAGUGUACUGACUGGAAUAUGUGCAAUAUUUUACAGUUUUCUCAUUCUGUGAACAUUGAUUUUAAGCAACCUUACUGAAAUGGGACAAUUUGGAAACCGUAUUUCAUGUGCCAAAGAGGAGAUCUGCCUGAGUACUGAGUAUUCUCCUGAACUGAUGUUCCCAAACACCCUGAUUUCUUCUCUGGCUGCUUUUUACAUCAGAGAAAAGACAAAAAAAAAAAAAAGGAUUCUGUUCUGGAUGGCAAACAAUUCUUCUGGAGAAAAAGGGACCUCUUGUAUCUCCAAAUGGAAACUGACACGAGCUGGAGCGGACUGCAUCGUCGUGGGAGCAUGGCAGAACUACAGCAGGAGCUGCAGCUUUCAGCAACCCCCUUCUGGGUUCAACCUUCUUGCAGAGAAACAUGUGAACCUAAAAAAAGUCACUAACUGAGUACUUCAGCUCGUAUUGAAUUACAUGAAUGACAGCCUGAGAACCGAUGUCUUUGUACGAUUCCAGCCAGAGAGCAUUGCCUGUGCAUGCAUUUACCUCGCAGCUAGGACGCUGGAGAUCCCACUUCCCAACCGUCCACACUGGUUUUUACUUUUUGGAGCAACAGAGGAAGAAAUCCAAGAGAUCUGCUUAAAGAUUUUGCAGCUCUAUACUCGGAAAAAGGUUGAUUUAUCUGAUCUGGAAAGCAAAGUAGAAAAGAAGAAGUUGGCAAUUGAAGAGGCAAAAGCCCAAGCUAAAGGUCUGGUACCUGAGGGAGCCCCAAGCUUGGAUAACACGUCAGGAUUUUCCCCUAUCCCAAAAAAUGAGUCUCCAAAAGAAGUUAAAGGAAAUAAACCUUCACCACUACCUGUGCAGGCAAUGAAGAACGCUAAAAGGAAAACAGAGGCAACAAAAAGAACAAGUUCCAACAGCCCAGUAAAUGGCAUUCAGAAGGGGAGGGAGAGCAGAAGUCGAAGUGGAAGUCGAGAUCAGAGUUACUCAAGGUCACCAUCCAGAUCUGCAUCCCCUAAGCACAGGAAAAGCGAGAGCUACUCCACCUCCAGCGGCUCCAAAUCGCACAGCCGCUCUCGGAGCCGCAGCGACUCUCCUCCCAGGCAGUUCAACCACAGCUCCGGCUACAAAGGCUCCAAGGUCAGAAGCUACAAGAAAUCUAAAGACUACAAAUACUCCACCCACAAAGGCAGGAAGUCGAGAAGCAGGAGCUCGUCGCGCUCCAGGAGCCGCUCCCGGGAGCGCUCGGAUCACUCUGGCAAGUACAAGAAGAAGAGUCACUACUACAGGACCCAGCGGCAUGAGCGCUCCCGCUCCUACGAGAGGGCUGCCCACCGCUACGACCGAGAGCACCCUGGGCACAGCAGGCACAGGAGGUGAAGGCAGCGACAAUGAAGUGCUUUCCUUUUGGGGAGGUCCCAGCAGGGCUCAGCUCUUCCUCCUUUGGCCUUUGCAGUGGUUAGGGUUAACCCUGCCUGGUGGAGCGAUGUCUGUUCUGCUGGCAGCGCCCCGUUCGCUGCCCUGAAUCCAAAGGAGAGGCUGCUGUGAAGGACUUCAUCUGAUCCAUGUCUCUGUGACUGUUCUGCUGGGGUGUCCCCUAAAUGACGCUGCAGAGCUUCUCUGGAUGCUCCUCUGCCUGGUCUUUAGUGAGUCCCAUACCAUAGUGCAGUGAGGGGGUGGUGUUGCUUGGGACUUCCAGUUCUGCAGGCAGGACCUCUGCUAGUGGCUCAGCAGUCAGAUUUGCUGGUGCUGAAGAGUCCUUUCCUCGUAGAACUGGAAGGCUCAGGGCACUUCCUGAGAAGCAUUGGAGUGGCUUGGUGCUAACAAAAGCUCUCUUUUCAUACUGACUCAAAUGAUGUUGUACAGAUGCAAGGUGACUUUUUUUUUUAGCUCUGUUGCCUAUAUUAGGUUCUAUUUGUGUAUAUAUAUUUUGCAGUGUUAGAGUAUGGGAAUAGGGCCUUACUAAGCCUUUACACUUUAUCCACCAUGUAAAUAAUCAUUUGUUUAAUACAGCUGGAAGAUAUAUACAAAAACAAACAAAACCCACAAAAAAAAAAUACUCAAAACUUGAAUUCUAUCAAAGACUUGUGUAGAAAAUUCUGAUAAAUGUGAAAGUAUUUAGCUCUGUGGAUUGAGAGUAGUAUAUUUUUUAUCUGUGCAAUGCUGUGUGCAGGCCACCAGCUCCUAAGACAUUUCCUAUCUAUACAUUUGAAGUGGUUUGAAAUUUCUUGACUCAGGAUCUCGGAAAGCUCUCUUGAUGGAUUGGUAGUUUGUCAAUCUGCAUGCUUGUUGAAGAACAGAGCAUUUAAAACUAGGCAAGUUCCCCACAGCCCAGUAGUAUCAGUUCUAGUGGUAUAGCUGAGCUGUUACUCUCAUGCUCCCUGAUUUCAUUAAAGUAUUUGAUUUUCUAUUACA